AUGAACAAUACAAGUAUGAGAGGAGGAGUAUUAUUGUUGGUGGUUUAUGCAUUGCUUGCAAUCAUCAUAUUUGCUCCAUCCCUUAUCUUAUCUCUUGCAACUACAAAUGUAUUGUAUGUUGAUCCAUCAAAUGUCAAUUCAUGUACUAUCAAGAUUGCUGAUUGUGGUACAUCAGUCAAACCAUUUGCAACGAUAGGUGAUGCAGUCACUGCAGCCAUGCAAGGUAGUACAUCAGAUGUAUCGAGCAACUACAACUGGGUCAUCUUGGUCAAUCCUGUGUCAUCAUACGUUGGAACUCAAAACAUUGGAAUCGACCUUCAACUUGCCAAAGGGUCGUCCAUUGAACUACGUUCGCUCACAGCCGCCACUGUCACUGUCGAUUGUCAAGAUGCUGGAUACUUUAUGAAUGUUCGUGGUACCUCUCACUUUAAGAUGAACAAUUUCAUCGUAAAAAAUUGUAAUGCCAAUAUUGGUGGUGCCAUGUCAAUAGUUCAGUCGUCAGCCACUAUCACCAACUGUAACUUUUUAAGCAACAAGGCAUCUAUAGGUGGUGCCCUUUACAUUGAUCGUUGCAAGUCUGUUAUUAUCUCUGGUACCAAGUUUGACAGUAACCAAGCCAGCGAACGUGGAGCUGCCUUUGAUGUUGCCAACUCGCCAGCUGUCGAGCUCUUCAAGGUCGAAUUUGUCAAUGUCGAACAAACAUUUUCAUGUCGCCAGUCGUCGGUAGUUGCCGAUACCAUUGUUGCAACACCAACUGCCACCGUCAUGUGUGACGAUCAAUGUUCAUUCUCGAGAGGAGGGUCUGUCCUUUGCCACCGUACCAUUGAUACCAUCAUUGGUAACAUUCCCAUCCAGUCAGCUUCGUUCUGUCUCCCGGACCGAAACUCUGCCAAUUGUGGAACUCGUUGUCUAUCAAGCGAAAGUUGUCUCUCGUGUGAUUCUUGUCCCUGUUACAUGUCUGGAGUAUUUGUGACCAUCACUGGUGCUGGAAACUGUGUCAAGUCAAGAUUCAUCUCACCGGCCAUCAACCUUGAUGAUUUAUUACCAGGUAUUACAGACAAGGUUACUAUUGAUAUUGUUGCUUAUGUCACGGUUCCCAAGUCUGGUUAUUACAGCUAUUCCACACAUAGUACCCAUCUUGGCCUGUCGCUUCAAAUGGAUUCCCGUAUGAUGCUCUCAUCCAACUACCAAAGAGAAUUAUGGUCGUCAAACCGUACCAUUUACCUCGAAGAGAGACAUCCACAUGCUCUCUCUUUCCAACUUACAUCACCACUUUCAUCGGUCGCUCUCAAAAGAUCGUUUGCAUUUUCUUUUGAUAAUAGUCACAGCGGAAUAGAAAUAUUCUACAGUCGAUCCAUUUGUGGAGAUGGUAUUUUCCAUGCAAAUGCAAACGAUUGUCCUCAUGAUCAGAAUAUUGUCAACGGAGUGGCACCAUUUUGUGGUGAUAAUAUUUGCAAUGAAAACAAUCCAAGCGAUUGUUUCAUAGAUUGUUAUUCGCACAUAACACCAAUGUGUGAUGCUCGUAAAGUUCCAAAGAACCAUAUUGCCCCAGGAUUUGUUACCCAAGAUGAUACUCUUGGUGCCAUUAUCGACAACCAAAUGAUAUGGCAUCUUCCAGGCUCCGAGCACAUGACCACUGCCAUUGAUAUUGUCUCUGGAGAGCAUGCUAGCAAACCAAUAUUCUACUUUGGAUACUGUACCGAUAGUGACAUCAAUCUUCUUCAAGAUGUGUAUCGUGGAACUGUCCAUGAGUUGCCAAAAGAAUUGGUUGGAAAAAUGCUUCCCCAAUGCACUUUUGAUACAUCUACAACCAAACAUUCAAGUGUUACAGAGAUAAAGGAGUCAAAAACCAAAAAGUCAAGUAUUAGUAAACUAACACUCCUAUUUAUCUCAGUGGCAUCGUAUAGUGGAUCUAUUUCAGGAGGAUAUGGAGGAUAUGGAGCUGAAGCAAAGGCCGCAUAUUCAAAAGAUCAAUCAGUAACCACGACCAAUUCAAAAUCAAACACUUCAACUUCAACCAUCUUUGUCACCGAGGUAGCCUGUAACGUAUCAACGGUCGAGUUGGUAGAGACUGUCUUUCACCCAACCUUUUUAAGAGAUAUCAGAAGAUGCAAAACACUGGAUGACAUGCUCAAUAUAAUCAGGAGAUAUGGUACUCACUAUAUCAAAAGUGCAGUGUUGGGAGGAAAACUCAUUCAAUCGACCAUCACCACAGAAGAAAUAACCACCUCGGAAGACGAGUCUGAAUGGGCAGAAAGCAGCAAAAGAUCGAUGGGUGCAUCCGUCAAGACACCCGUCCUCCAAGGAGGAGCAUCCCACUCUGACACCUCAGACUCUACUCAAACUGGUAAACAACAACAAGAGAAAGAGGCCAAAUCCGAGCGAACAUCGAUCGUUACACUUGGUGGAGAGCCAGGAUCGUAUGCACCUGGCAGUUCGUCGCAAGGAGAAAUGUUCCAAAAAUGGGCAUCCACAAUCGAUCUCAGUCCUGCCGUUAUUUCACAGGAUCUCAUCCCUAUUCGUGAAAUUAUCCCAUCGACAUGGAUUUCUUCUGUUGUUGGCGGAGGAAAGACUAUUCAGACGCUAUGGAGGGAAGCAGAGUUAGUGUACUAUGACAUGAAUUUGUUUGUGGAUAAUACUAUGAGCCCACAAGAAUUCAAGUACAUGAUGUUGAUUCAUACCACCCCCUCUGACACCAAAUACCUUCCAGUCAUCUCGAUCAAGUGGACCGACACCAACAAUAAGCCAAAAGUAUCCAAGAUCGAGCCAUAUUUCAAGAGAAAAAAGGAUGACGCAACCAACACUUGGUAUCCUCCCUAUCUCAUGAACUUGAAUUAUGCUGUUCAUAACCCUGUUACUGCCAAUGAUAAAUGCUGGACUUUUCCAUGGGGGCUUGCCAAUCCAAAAAUCAUGGGAAGCACGGAAAAUUACUGCCAUUAUAGUCGCAAUGCCAUCCUAUCACCGCUUCGAUUUGACUUUGUGUUGGAUGCCGACUUCCUAACAAGCACUACCACCCCGGUCAUCACAGUCACAGGUGUACCAUCGACCAUAGAUCCAACGUUUUCGAUCGUCAGAUUUGAAUCUUCCGAGGGCAUCACAUUUGACAAGACCGGAUUCAAACCUAUGACCACCACUUAUGUCGCCACUACAGUGACUCAAAAGAAUGGGCCUGUUCUAGUUGCUCCAAUGGUCGCCUACUUGGCCACCUUUCCCACCGGCUACAUGGACGCCCUCAGGAAUUACCUUCGUGAUUUUUACAAAACCGAUAUUAAGUCGAUUAAUGACAAGGUCCUAAUCUACUAUACCAAUCCAUCUGGUUCAGAGACCAAAUUGGGUGAACACGUUUUCAAUUUUGAAUCUGAUGACGUCAGAUUCACGUUUGGCUAUUUCUCGCACCCCUACACUACUGGCACACCAACCUAUCGUUACAAACUCGAAAACCAAAUAGGAAGCACUUGCAGAGUCGACUGGGUCCUCUCUAUGCAACCUCAACCAACAGUUUCCACUUGGAAGAGAAAGGCCCUUUAUCAUCACACUUCUAUGAACUCUUAUCAAUACCUCACUUCACAAUCAACCGCCUACAUGGGCAUGAGUAUGAUACACUUUAAUUAA